UUCACCCCGCAGUGUGCGGUCGUACUUAACACCUCUGUCGUAAAAAAACAACUUAAAGUAUAAAAUAUCACUGUAUCCCGAAGGUAGAAGUUGUUAAGCGACUUGAUCGCUAAUCCGGUGCAAUUGGAGCUGCCAUCCUCGCUUCGUACUACAGCUGUAACAGUCUGUCAGGAUUUGAAAAGUUGAUGAUAACAUCGAAGAUAAAGAAGGCCCUUUUGAUAGAAGAUAAAUGUGACACAAAACUUGAGAGAUGCGAUCUCUUUCUUCAAGAUAAUAGUACGCAUUUAUAUCGGAAACGCUAAAGAAAAGGUCUUCAAAGAUGAUGAAGUUUCUCAUUGCCAUCCUGUUCUUCGCCUUCAGCUAUUGGAAUGAAGUAUCAAGCAUUACUCAGUUCAAUACACACGAAGGAUGUAACGCAAGCUUCGUCUGUUAUCACUCAUUUGGUGCAUCAGUCAACUGGACAAGCUCUAGAGGACCUCUGAAGCAAGGUCCAAAGCUUGUCAUAGAGAAUGCAAGUUACCAUAGUGUGUUGUACUUGAUCAGUGUGACGCCCGCUGAAAAUGGAAAUAUUUCAUGUCAAAGAAAUCAGUUAGAAGCUUUACAUUUCUCUCUUAGUGUACAAGGAAAGUGUAAGGAUUUAUUUAAUACAGUAACAUGUAAGGGAACAAUAGAUGGAGGAGAUGACUGCACAAGCUCUUGGAUGGUAACCAAUUGUAGAAAAUCAUGUGGUCUUUGUCCAAAAUUUAAUUGUACAGAAUCCGAGAGGCCAACAGGUAAAGUUAUCACUAGAACUUAA